GACGCGCCGCUCGGGGCGGCAUCGCUGGGCUGGGCUGGCGCGGCCUGGGGACCCCAGGAUCUGGAGGCCAUGCCGGCGUUGGUGCGCCGCGGCGGCCGGCUCCCGCUGCUCGUUGUUUUUUCAACAAUAUUUUUUGAGACUGUUACAAAUCAAGAUUUGCCUGUGGUCAAGUGCAUUUUAAUCAGUCAUAAGAAUGACUCAACAGUGGGGAUAUCGUCAGCGCGUCCCACGGCAUCUGAAGCCCUUGAGGACCUUGGGUGUGCACCCAGGCCAAAGAGUACAGAGACAGUCUAUGAGGCCCUUGUGGAAGUGGACGUGUUUGCAUCUGUGACGUUGGAAGUGCUGCUCAGCACCCCAGGGAACAUCUCCUGUCUCUGGGUCUUCAAACACAGCUCCCUCAGCUGCCAGCCACGUUUUGAUAUACAAAACAGAGGAGUUGUUUCCAUGGUCAUUUUGAAAAUGACAGAAGCCCAGGCUGGAGAAUAUCUACUUUUUAUCCAGAGUGAAGCCACCAAUUACACAAUAUCGUUAACAGUGAGUUUAAGAAAUACACUGCUUUACACACUAAGGAAACCUUACUUUAAAAAAAUGGAAAAUCAGGAUGCCCUUAUCUGCAUAUCUGAGAGCAUUCCAGAACCUACAGUGGAAUGGCUGUUCUGUGACUCACAGAGUGAAAGCUGUAAAGGGGAAAACCCAGUUGUUGUCACAAAGGAGCAAAAGGUGUUUCGUGAAUUGUUUGAAACAGACAUAAGGUGCUGUGCAAGAAAUGAGCUGGGCAGGGAAUGUACCAAGCUGUUCACAAUAGAUCUCAAUAAAAGUCCUCAAACCACACUGCCACAGCUAUUUCUUAAAGUAGGGGAGCCCUUAUGGAUAAGGUGCAAAGCUGUUUAUGUCAACUAUCGCUUCGGCCUCAGCUGGGAGCUGGAGAACAAAGUCCUGCAGGAGGGCAGCUACUUUGAGAUGAGUACCUAUUCCACAAACAGAACUAUGAUACGGAUUCUGUUUGCUUUUGUAUCAUCAGUGGGAAGAAAUGACACCGGAUAUUACACUUGUUCCUCUUCAGAACACCCCAGUAAAUCAGCUUUGGUCACCAUCCUAGAAAAGGGAUUUAUAAAUGCAUCCAAAUCAAGUGAAAAUUAUGAGAUUGACCAGUAUGAAGAGUUCUGCUUUUCUGUCAGGUUUCAAGCAUACCCACAAAUCAGAUGUUCAUGGACCUUCUCUCGAAAAUCUUUUCCUUGUGAGCAAUGGGACCUCGAUGAUGGGUACAGCAUAUCUAAGUUUUGCAACCAUAAGCACCAGCCAGGAGAAUAUAUAUUCCAUGCAGAAAAUGAUGAUGCCCAGUUCACAAAAAUAUUCACCUUGAAUAUAAGAAGGAAACCUCAGGUGCUAGCUGAGGCAUCUGCAAGUCAGGCAUCUUGCUCCUCUGAUGGUUACCCUUUACCAUCUUGGACCUGGAAGAAAUGUUCAGACAAGUCUCCCAAUUGUACUGAAGAGAUCACCGAAGGAGUCUGGAGUACAAACACGAAUAGGAAAGUGUUUGGACGGUGGGUCUCUAGUAGUACUCUGAACAUCAGUGAGGCAGUGAAAGGGUUCCUGGUGAAGUGCUGUGCCUAUAAUUCCCUGGGCACAUCCUGUGAAACCAUCCUCUUAAACUCUCCAGGCCCCUUCCCUUUUAUCCAGGACAACAUCUCAUUCUAUGCAACAAUUGGCCUGUGUCUGCCCUUCAUUGUCGUUUUAGCCCUGUUGAUUUGCCACAAAUACAAAAAGCAAUUUAGGUAUGAAAGCCAGCUGCAGAUGGUCCAGGUGACUGGCUCUUUGGAUAAUGAGUACUUCUACAUCGAUUUCAGAGAAUAUGAGUACGACCUCAAAUGGGAGUUUCCAAGAGAAAAUCUCGAAUUCGGCAAGGUGCUGGGAUCAGGUGCUUUUGGCAAAGUGAUGAAUGCAACAGCAUAUGGGAUUAGUAAAACCGGAGUCUCAAUUCAGGUUGCCGUGAAAAUGCUGAAAGAAAAAGCAGACAGUUCUGAAAGGGAGGCCCUCAUGUCUGAACUCAAAAUGAUGACUCACCUGGGAAGCCAUGAGAACAUUGUGAAUCUUCUGGGAGCGUGCACAUUGUCAGGACCAGUUUACUUGAUUUUUGAAUAUUGCUGCUAUGGUGAUCUUCUCAAUUAUCUCAGAAGUAAAAGGGAAAAAUUUCACAGGACAUGGACAGAGAUUUUCAAGGAACACAAUUUCAGUUUUUAUCCUACUUCCCAAUCACAUCCUAAUUCCAGCAUGCCUUGUCCAAGAGAAGUUCAAAUACAACAGGACUGGGAACACAUCUCAGGGUUCAGUGGGAAUUCAUUUCAAUCUGAAGAUGAAAUCGAAUAUGAAAACCAAAAAAGGCUGGAAGAAGAAGAGGACUUGAAUGUGCUGACCUUUGAAGAUCUUCUUUGCUUUGCGUAUCAAGUUGCAAAAGGAAUGGAGUUUCUGGAAUUUAAGUCGUGUAUCCACAGAGACCUGGCAGCCAGGAAUGUUCUAGUGACCCACGGGAAAGUGGUGAAGAUCUGUGACUUUGGACUGGCUCGAGACAUAAUGAAUGAUUCCAAUUACGUCAUCAGGGGCAAUGCCCGUCUGCCCGUGAAGUGGAUGGCUCCUGAGAGCUUAUUUGAAGGUGUCUACACGAUCAAGAGUGACGUCUGGUCAUAUGGAAUAUUGCUCUGGGAAAUAUUCUCCCUGGGUGUCAAUCCUUACCCUGGAAUUCCAGUUGAUGCCCACUUCUAUAAACUUAUUCAGAGUGGAUUUAAAAUGGAUCAGCCAUUUUAUGCUACAGAAGAAAUAUACUUUAUAAUGCAGUCGUGCUGGGCUUUUGACUCGAGGAAACGGCCUUCUUUCCCUCAGCUGACUUCGUUUUUAGGAUGUCAGCUGGCAGAUGCAGAGGAAGCGAUGUACCAGAAUAUGGAUGGCCAUGUUUCCGAGCGCCCUUCUGUCUACCAGAACAGACGGCCCUUCAGCAGAGAGGUGGACCCAGCACUGCCCUCUCCACAGGCUCCUGCUGAAGAGUCAUAAGCAACUAGCUCACCCCCACCCAACCCCUCUCCCAUCCCUUCCUCCCCGCCUACUUGAAACAGGCUGUAGAUUACCAAAAUACGAUUACUUUCACCACUCAAAGAAAAUAUAUUCUCAACUGCUG